AUGAACAAGCUCCUGGGAGCAUUGUGUUUAAUUCUAUGGUUUCAGCUAGGCUGGGUGAGUGGCCAACAGGAGAAAAGUAACCGACAGCAGGUGAUGCAAAAUCCUCACUCUCUAAUAGUCCAGGAAGGAAGGACUUCAAUUCUGAACUGCACUUAUGAUAACAGUGCUUUUGACUACUUCCCAUGGUAUCGACAAUACCCUGGUAAAGGCCCUGAAUUUUUGACAGCCAUACGUUCAGUUGUGAGUAAACAUGAAGACAAAAGAUUCACAGUUUUUUUCAAUAAAACUGUGAAACACUUCUCUUUGCAUAUCUCAACUUCUCAGCCUGAAGACUCAGCCACCUACUUCUGCGCAGCAAGAUCCAUUGUGGCCCAGAAUGUUAUUCAAGAUCAGUCUGAUAAAUUCAUGCAAGAGGGGAUAACUGUCACUCUGGAUUGUCAGUAUGAAACAAGUUCGUCAGGGUACUAUAUUUUCUGGUACAAGCUACUCUCCAGUGGUGAGAUAAUAUUCCUCAUUCGUCAGAGUUCUUCUUCCCAGAACUCAAAGAGUGGUCGCUACUCUACAAUUUUCCAGAAAGAAAAGAAAUCUAUCAGCCUCAUCAUUUCAACCUUACAACUAGACGAUUCAGCAAAGUACUUCUGUGCUCUCUGGGAACUCACGGUGUGUGAAGCAAUAGUGAAGGCUGAACAAAAACCCCAGAGCUUAAUAACAGAGAUUUCCCUGUUACAGAACCCAGGCUCACAUGAACACCUGCAGUACCCAGACUAG